AUGCAGCUCUCGGUAUGGGAGUUCUUCACGGACCUCCGAGGUCACGGUCUCGCCGGUGUUCGAUGUCGAUUCUGUCACUGGGUUACGAACGAUCGGAGUCCAACUACUAUGAAAUUCCAUCUGAAAAGGAAACAUGACACAGGACCAGGUGGUCUGUGGGCGAUCUGUGAAGAAAAGAUCAACUCUCAAGCGCCUGCAAACUAUGCACCGCGCUCGAAAAAGUCAGAAGAUGCGUUACUGAAAGCGUUGACGAACCAAAGGCAACAAAUGCAAACGUUUAAUCCCUUUGGAUCAGAUGAUGUCAAAAUGGGAAUCUCUUCCCAGGACGACUUUCUCACAUCGCUGAUCCAACAAGCUACAAGUUUGUCCGCUUCACCUGCAGAGGAUACUUUCUGUACGCAAGAGAAUGAAGGUCUUUCCCUGUCUGAGUCACUAUUUCUGUCAAAGCUCAACGAGGGCCUCCAUCAAAAAGAAGAAGAUGGAUCAUCGUCUUCAGCCAGCGGUCUCAUCUCCAAUUCAAGUAGUGAUUUCCAGUUGAGCGAUGGCGCCAGUAUAGCUGCUCUUCUUCAGAUUGCGACGGACUCUGAUCUGACCUUCACCUUCAACUCAAGACGAUGCGGCGAAUAUUGCUUUGAGUCGAAUAGGAGAAAUGUUGGUUUAUAUUUUAGUAGAUGA